AUGCAGCGAGCUUUGAGCGUUCGGUCCAAAAACAAGGACUCCCACAAAGACCCGCCCAAGCAUCGUCUGCAGAUGCUGAACUCUCUGCGCGGCGUAGAAAGAGCAGAGCUAUCCAGGCGUCUUGCCAAACUGAUCAAGACCGAGAAUCACGCUAUCGGAGCAUACGAGUCCGCCGGCCGCGAGCGUCUGUCGAUUGCUUCACAGCUGUCGGACUGGGGCGAGUCCACCAAUGAUGACUCCCUCUCCGAUAUCUCCGACAAGAUUGGAGUUCUGUUGUCUGAGAUUGGUGAGCAGGAAGACCUCUUCGCUCAGAAUCUCGAGGACUACCGCAGCAUCCUGAAGCAGAUCAGAAACACUGAGCAGAGCGUCCAGCCUUCCCGAGACAACAAGAACAAGAUCGCCGACGAAAUUCAAAAGCUCAAGUACAAAGAGCCGACCAGCCCUAAGUUGGUCACCCUGGAGCAAGAACUUGUCCGAGCGGAAGCUCAGAAUCUCGUGGCUGAAGCUCAGCUGACCAACAUUACUCGCCAGAAAGUCAAGGAAGCAUAUGAUCUUCACUUCGCCGCAACAAUCGAGCGCGCCGAGAAGCAGAUUAUCCUCGCCAAACAUGGCCGUCGUCUCUUGAAUUACCUCGACGAUACGCCAGUGGUGCCUGGCGAUGUUCGUCAGCCAUUUGCUCACGGCAAUGACGCAAGACAGGUGCUCGCGGACGCCGAGCAUGAGUUGCAGAUGUGGCAGCCAAGCCUAGAGGCCGUGGAAGUCAACUCGACCGGCCUUGGGUCCAAUUUGAUGCCGUCCGAAGAGGUCGCUCGUGGUACUUCAUCGGUGGCAGAUACUGCCGGAGACAUUGCAUCCCCCCAGAGUGAGACAACUUCACCCACGCAUCAUAAGCCAGCCGAAGGUACGCAUCUCGAACAGGCGACUGCGUCCUGA